AUGUCGUAUCCAUACGGCAGCGGCGUCGGUGGUGGUAUGCCAAAUAAGGCCUCUGCCACCACCCCUGUGUCGAAUGCGGCACAGGAGAAACUGCUCCAUACGGAGCAGUCCUACGCCAGAAAACAGCAAGAGUUGGCCGCUCUGGUGCAAAACAGGGCUGGUAUGCCAAUGACAGUGGCAGAAGGCCACAGAAGUACCUCGGAAAUAGCCUAUCUGCGGCAGACAUUGCUGCAGAUGGAGGCUGAAAUCAACCAGCUGAAGGCUACAAACCUUCAACAAAUGGCCACCAUCAGAACACAGAGCGCAGCUCUUUCCACCCCAAGGCAGCAUUGUGUUACUCCUGUGCGCUAUGGAGGCAACCCACCUCCGCCUGUGUUCAACCCGCCGAUGGUGGGGCAGCAGGUACAACAAAUCCCGAUGGGAUAUCAGACCACACCCACGGGUGGAGGUCAUAGCGGCGAACCACGUCGACAAGAACAGUCGAAGGUGAGCCCGGCAACAAAAGCCACAACAUCGGGUGCGCCGGAAUUCGCAGAAGUCCAGAGACAAUUUGCCAAGGUCUGGACUAUGGCAGAGGCAUACGCUGUUGCACAUGUCAAUGUGCCCAGCACGGCAAAGGACAAUGCCAUGCCACAGAGGCUCAAAGAUGUCCUUCUCAAUGCAGCAACCAGAAACACUGCCUACCAAUUCAUGUCUACGCCAAUGACCCGAUACUUUUUGGUAACAAAACUGAUACUCCAGUGGAUCAUGAGAUUCGUGCUGAAGCCGGACUGCUUCUCUGGCUUUGACAGAAACAUCGACCGGACUAUUGACUCCUGCCGCAGCCAAAUCUACCAAUCGACUCCUACACAAGUCAAACAUCAGCUGCUCACCACGGUGGGUCAGCAAAUGGCAGCCCUCAGGCGGAAUCCACGCUUUGAAGGAUUUCUCGCACACCUUGCCAAAACAAGGGGCAACAAACUUUGGGAGGACAUCACUCCCAUGAUGCACCAAAAGACGGCAAGAGAUUGGGAGGAUAUGCUGAGUCUUAUGCGGGAAGCACACAAAUUGGCGUUCUACAUGUUCUCUGGGCCAGAUGAAUACCGCUUUGAAUUUCCGCAGCACGGACAGCCAUUCGACAAGAAUACGAUGGAGUCAAAGGAUCCACAAGCGCCCAAGAACCCGGAUCAACUGGUGGCAAAGAGUGCCACAGUACGGCUGGCAUACACGCCACAGGUCAUGGGUAGGAGGAAUUUUGCAGAUGGGCAUGUGGCAACAAGGACGAUGCUACGUGCAUAUGUGUUGGUGAAACCGGGGAGAUAG